AUGUACUGGGUCCCUUACCCUCAAGCUGGUGGAUGCACUGGCGGGAGCGGAGCCAAUUUUUUUUUGGCAAUGACGGGCACCCAAAAGAGGGUCGCUAUGUCUGGUCUGGAAUUGAAUUGGCUUUUGAGGAAUGUGUACAGAAGUAUCGACGAAAGCGUGGAUGUGAGUUUGACAGGGAGGAAGCAACUGCCAUUAUUGAUUUGA